AUGCUAGGAGCACGGUGGCUGGCGACCAGAUGCCUCGGCCACGCGGCGAAACUGCUAGCCGCGGCGGCGCUCGUCGCAUUGCUGGCGCCCGCCGCGGCCGCAGCCGCCGACCAGCCGCUGCCCCCCGACGCCUUCCUCAACGCCGACGGCCUGCCGCUGAUGAUGCCGGUCAACCGAUCCACUGCGGGGCGCCGCUGGUACUUUGAGAUCCCGCGCGACCCGGUCGGCCUGCUGGUCAUGCUGCACCGCUGCGGGCGCAACGCCGAAGACUUCUGGCCGCCCUCCUCAGUCUGCCCGCAGUGCAUCGGCAUGCCCGAGGCCGUCUCCAUCUCCCGCCAGGCCCUGGCCCGCGGCUAUGCCCUGCUGGCCAUCAAUUCCUUCAACAGGACCGUGGGAUCGCUGGGGAGGUGCUGGAGCUGGGGCACAGAUGCGGUGGCUGUGCGGGAUAUUGUGGCGGCCUUCAGAAAGCGGCACGCCCUGGCAGACCUGCCGCUCUUCUUCACCGGCUGCUCAUCGGGCGGCUCGCUGGCGCUGCGGCUGCCGGGCAUCAUGGCCAUGGACGGCAUCAUGCCGGUGGCCAUCGGCCUGGAGGAAGACGUCUUCCCCGCCACCGACCCCAGCCUUAAGUUCCCGUACCCGCCGGUCGCCUACGUGCACUUUGCCGACGACGACAACACAGACAGGAAGGUGGCAGGCAUGCUUAGGAUCAGUGAGGAGGCGGGCCUGGCUGCGGCGGAGGUCAAGGUGGGCAAGUUUGCCAUCGGCCGCGACUUCUUCUCGCAGCGAGACCCGAUGGUCAGCCCGGCGCUGUCAGAGUUGGUGCAUCAGGCGCUGCGCGAGCUGAAUGUGCUGGACGAGCACAAAAUACUCGUGGACGACUGGGAGCGGCAGGGCAAGCCGGCGCCCUGGGACGCGAUGUUGCGGGAGGAGCUGCCGGGCAUGGUCAAGGUGACGCGCAAGCAGCAGCUGGCGCUCAAGAAUGGGUCCACGCUGGCGCAGGCGCAGCAGGCGCUGGGGGCUGCUGGGGAGGAGCUGCUGACGAUUCAGGAGGUGAGCGCCGAGCAGGUUGCUGCCAGCGAGGCGGCCACCAACCAGGAGGACGCCAAUCCCAACUUCAGCAGCUCAGAUGGCAGCUCGCCCGCCGGCGGAGCGGACGACCCUUACCUGUCGGCCCAGUUGCUGCUGGAGCACAUCCAGGAGGAGCUUGCGGUGGCGUGGGCGCACCACACCAACCUUGGCGACUACACCGCCGCCACCCUCAUGUGGCUGGAGCGGUGCGGCAAGGCCAGCUACCCCAACCUUGUGGAGACAAAGGCGGUGGCAGAUCCUGCGGCCCUGUCUCCCGUACGCACCGUAAAGGCAGCCCAGGUGCUGCCCGCCUGGAACGCCUGCCAGGCUGGCGGCGGCGCGGCUGAGGUCGCCGAGGCGCUCGGCGGCACCGCCCUGGGCGGCGGCGGCGGCGGAGGCAAUGCCUCGGCCCCUGGCUGCGGAGGCAAUGCCUCGGCCCCUGGGUCGGCCGCGGGGCGCGGCCGCGGGGUCGGCGCGGCCGCGGCGGCUGCGGCCGCAGCUGCGGCCGCCAUGCUGCUGCACUAA